UUGUUUGGUGUUUGGCUCUGUCUAUUUGUUAACCGGCGAAAACCAAAACGCAAAGAGAAGAGUCACUCACUCAACAAAACAAAACUGGUAGAACAACAACAACUUGGUGGUGUUAGCAUAAACAAGAAGAAGCAACAACACUCUCUCAGAAUCACAAGAAACAAAGCAAUGGGUUUCGUCGGUGACACCGUCGAUUCUAUCAAAUCUCUUCAGAUCCGUCAGGUCCUCACUCAGGGUGUUAGUCUUGAAGAGAUCGGUAAAAUCAGAGUCUGCUAAAGACGAACCAUUGGAUAAGAAAGUGAGUGAGUCACUGAAGCUAUGACAGAUAGACAGACAAGCACAGUGAAUCAUCGUUUUGAAGUGGUCCUCUCUGUCGUUUCAUACCCAUUUUUCAACACUCUUUAAAGAUACAAAAUUUAUCAUUUAAUUAGCGUUAAACAAACGCAAAGAGGAAAGAGAAACCAAAAAGUUUCAUUUUUUUAUCAAUUUUUUUAUCUUAUGUGUUAAAUUAAUAACAUUAAAAGGUUUUCGUCUUUUUCCCUUUUGGAUUAGAUUUACUUGUACUAUAGUUUAAUGGUGGAUGGGUUGGUGAAGCGUGGCGUUGCAAAGUUGAAUACUUUUUGUUAGGUUGACGUUUUCGUUUUCUUCUUCAACAAGACUAGUACUUCAUUGUGGUUUUUCUUUUUCACUUCAAAUCCCAAAUUUGGAACUUGUUUCUUCUGUUGUGUGUGAAAAGAAAAAUGGGUUCUUUUGGAAAUCUAGCUAAGAGGGUUGUGGAAACUGAGAUGCCUAUUAUGGUUAAGAUGCAGGAAUUGCUACGAGGAGCUAAGAAUGCUGUGUCUUUGGCACAGGGGGUGGUUUAUUGGCAACCUCCAAAGGAAGCGUUGGAUAAGGUGAAAGAACUUGUGUAUGAUCCUUCUAUUAGUCGUUAUGGUAAUGAUGAAGGCAUUCCUGAACUCAGAGCGGCAUUAGUGAAAAAGUUGCGUGAUGAAAAUAAUUUGCACAAAUCCUCGGUAAUGGUUACAGCAGGUGCCAAUCAGGCGUUCGUGAAUCUUGUUCUUACUUUGUGUGAUGCGGGGGAUUCUGUGGUGAUGUUUGCCCCUUACUACUUCAAUGCAUACAUGUCCUUCCAGAUGACCGGCAUUACUGAUAUACAAGUUGGUCCCAGUAACCCGGAAACACUUCAUCCAGAUGCAGACUGGUUGGAAAAAGUGUUAUCAGAGAGUAAACCUGUGCCGAAGCUAGUAACUGUUGUAAACCCUGGCAACCCAACUGGAACCUACAUUCCAGACUCUCUUCUGAAGGAUUUUUAAACGGAUGGAGUUGGAAGGUUUGAAGCCGAAUUAUGUAACUUGGACGUCACUUUUGUCGAGCCAUGCUAAAUGUGGGCUUUAUGAUGAAACUAUGGAGUUUUUUAAGUUGAUGAGAACAAGAGGAAUUGAGAUUAGUGGUGAAGCUAUUGCUGUUGUGUUGUCUGUGUGUGCCGAUAUGGAUAGAGUUCAAUGGGGGAAAGAAAUUCAUGGGUAUGUUAUUAAAGGUGGAUAUGAAGACUAUUUGUUUGUGAAAAAUACAUUGAUAGGGACUUAUGGGAAGAAGCGUGAGCAUCUCUGUGAUGCACAUAAAAUAUUUUCUGACAUAAAGAACAAGAAUUUAGUAAGUUGGAAUGCUUUAAUAUCAUCAUAUGCUGAAUCCGGAUUAUGUGAUGAGGCCUAUGAAGUAUUUUUGCAGCUGGAGAAAUCAAAUGGUGGUUCGUCCCGGAGACCCAAUGUCAUAAGUUGGAGUGCUGUCAUUAGUGGUUUUGCUUCCAACGGGUGUUUUGAGCAGUCAUUGGAACUGUUUAGGCGAAUGCAGCUUGCAAAAGUAAUGGCCAAUUGUGUCACUAUUUCCAGUGUUUUAUCAGUUUGUUCAGAAUUAGCAGCGUUGAACUCUGGUAGGGAGCUGCAUGCUUAUGCCAUUAGGAAUCUCAUGGAUGGCAAUAUUUUGGUGGGGAAUGGUCUGAUUAACAUGUAUAUGAAGUGUGGGGUUUUCAAGGAAGGACAUUUAGUAUUUGAUAAUAUUAAGAAUAGAGAUAUAAUCUCAUGGAACUCAUUAAUUGGGGGUUAUGGAAUGCACGGGCUUGGUGAGAAUGCAUUAAGAACUUUCGAUCAGAUGAUUAAAUCCGGAAUGAGGCCAGACAACAUCACAUUUGUUGUUGUUCUAUCUGCGUGUAGUCAUGCAGGACUUGUUGCUGCAGGUUGCAACAUUUUUGAUCGGAUGGUCACAGAGUUUAAGAUAGAGCCUAAUGUAGAGCACUAUGCAUGCAUGGUCGAUCUCCUUGGUCGGGCUGGGCUUUUUUGCAAGAAGCAAGUGAUAUUGUGAGAAACAUGCCAAUUGAACCUAAUGAGUGUGUUUGGGGAGCUCUUUUGAACUCAUGUAGAAUGUACAGAAAUACAGAUGUUGUUGAAGAGUUAGCAUCACAAAUUCUAGGCCUUAAAUCAGAAAUAACUGGGAGCUUCAUGCUUCUGUCCAAUAUUUAUUCUGCAAACGGAAGAUGGGAGGAUUCUGCAAGGGUUAGGGUCUCAGCAAAGAAUAAAGGUUUCAAAAAAAUACCUGGUCAGAGUUGGAUUGAGGUGAGAAAAAAGGUGUACACAUUCACAGCAGGGAAUGUAGUCCAUUUGGAACAGGGUGAAAUUUACGCGAUCCUUGAUGAAUUGGCACUUCAAAUGGCGAGUGUAAAUUAUACUAUCAAUAGUUGCUUCGAUCAGCAAUGUAUUUGUGACCAAUCAGAACUCUUUGUUGCAAACUGAGAGAGGCUAGAUUUUUUGUGCCAUAAUACUCAGAUUUUGACGCAUCACAUGUAAAAUAGUUGUAAAAUAGUUAUGAAACUAACAAUUCGUUUUGACGCAACGCAUCACAUAUAAAAUAAUUAGUAAUCUUUGUUUA